CGUGUCCUUCCCCCCCCGGCAGCUCCUUCCGCUUCGAGUCGUUCGACUCGUACGAGUCCCGCUCGGCGCUGAGCGAGCGCGACCUGUACCGGCCCGGCUACGCCGACUACGGCGAGGCCACGGCCGAGCGCGGCGACUCCUUCGGCGGCCACUUCGACUCGCGCCGGGACCAGCCCCGGAGCCGCGGCGGCAACAACGGCUUCGGGCUCCUGCGGGGCCGCGGCCAGAGCCGGGGCCAGCCCCGCGGCCGCCUCGGCGCCUUCGGCCGCCCCGAGCCCUUCCUGGGCUCGUCCAGCUCGGAGCGCCUGUCGGCGCGGUGGAACGAGCUCAACUACCUGGGGGCGCGCGGCAUGGGCGGCGCCGGAGCCGCCCGGCUGCCCUCCCUCUUCUCCCAAGCGCUGGUUCCCGACUACGGAGACUACGGGGACUACGGAGACUACGGAGAUUACGGAGAUUACGGGGACUACGGGGACUACGGAGACUACGGGGACUACGGGGAUUACGGGGACUACGGAGACUACGGAGACUACGGCAUGAUGGGCAUGGGAAUGGGGCGCUACGGGAACGCGCCCUACGGGAUGGGCCGGCAGCGCGGCAGGGACAGGAUGGGCACCGCGCCCUGGCACGGCGGGGCCCUCACGGAUCCCGGAAUUUCGGCUUCCCUGGGAGCCGUCGAGGCCGGGCUGGGAACUCCUGGGAUCCCCCAGUGCCUGCACAUGGGGGAAUUCCCAAGCAACCUCUUCCCGGUGGGAUUUCCCUCCUCCCUGCAGGAAUACAUCGUCAACAGGAACAAGAAGAUCGAGAAGCGGCGGCAGGAGCUGACGGAGAAGGAGGGCAGCAAACAGAAACCGGAUCCCUUCAAGGGGAUCGGGCAGGAGCAUUUCUUCAAGAGGAUCGAGGCCGCUCACUGCAUGGCGUGUGACAUGCUGAUCCCGGCCCAGAACCACCUCCUGCAGAGGCACCUGCGCUCCGCCGACCACAACCGCAACCGCAGGAUGGCUGCGGAGCAGUUCAAGAAAACCAGUUUACACGUGGCCAAGAGCGUCCUGAACAACAAACACAUCGUGAAGAUGCUGGAGAAAUACCUCAAGGGUCCGCAGGCGCAUCCACAUCUCCUCUUGAGCAACGGUAUCAGAGGCUCCGGCACAGCUCCGGGCACCUGACCUUGGGCCAGCGCAGGAGGAGGGAGAGCUCCGGAGCCAGCCCAG